UAGCUGUCACUAGGCGAACGAUUGCGUAUUGUAGGAUCCAUUUCGACCAUAAAUUGGGUCCUUAAUAUUUUCUAAUUACAUUUGAUUAUAAAUAAUAAUCCUUAAUAUUUUAUCUGAUCAGUUUUUCAUUCUACAUAUUAUUUUUCGAGUGAAGUGUAAAUUAUUCAUUUGAAUAAUCAUCUAUUAAAUUAUCGAAUCCGAAUUUUUAGAGUUUAAUAGAACGAACAAAUCAUGUCAAGAAACAACAUGAGAAGAAUUACGGAGUUAGAAUCACGUAUUGAUUACGUGCAAUGUGAUGGACUUGCAGCAAUGAAAAUCAUCAAACAUUGCCAUGAAGAAUCUAUGAGCAACAUGGAAGUUGCCCAAGGAGCUCUCCUUGGUUUGGUAGUUCAGAAUCGUUUAGAAAUAACAAACUGUUUUCCUUUCCCAAAAAACGAUGAAAUCAUGGAGGAAGAAGAAUAUCAACUAGCAGUGAUGCGUCGACUUCGCAGAGUGAACGUUGAUCAUUUCCAUGUUGGAUGGUAUCAAAGUGCUGAUGUUGGAAACUUUUUGAGUGUUUCACUCUUAGAAUCGCAGUAUCACUAUCAGACAUCAAUUGAAGAAUCAGUAGUUGUAAUUUAUGAUACUGCCAAGUCCGCCAGGGGAUUUUUGACUCUUAAAGCUUUCCGUCUAACUCCUGAAGCUAUUCAAAUGUACAAAGAAGGAGAAUUUACCCCAGAAGCUUUACGCUCUUUAAAGAUUGGCUAUGAACGUUUAUUCGUAGAAAUGCCAAUUGUUAUAAAAAACAGUAUUUUAACAAAUAUUAUGAUGUCAGAACUGGAGGAAUUAAUCCCUGAAGAAGAAGGUACAAAAUAUCUAGAUCUUGGAACAGCAUCAGUUCUUGAAAACCAACUCAGGUGUUUGAUGGACCGUGUUGAUGAACUUAACCAAGAAGCCAUUAAAUUUAAUAGGUAUCAACAUCUUGUUAUACGUCAACAACAAGACAAAAAUCGUCUACUGACUAAGAGAGCUCAAGAAAAUGCUGCACGUGCAGCUAAGGAUGAACCUCCUCUACCUGAUGAUGACAUUAAUAAACUUAUGCGUCCUCUCCCUGUACCUCCAAGACUCAACCCUAUGAUUGUUGCUGGUCAAAUCAACACUUACAGUCAACAUAUUUCUCAAUUCUGUGCACAGAGCUUAGCAAAAUUAUAUAUUACUCAAAGCUUGCAGAGUGCAAAAGAAUCGAAGUCUUCAAAUUAGCAAGGAAAACAAAUUGCCAGUUUUAUCGAAUUUGAACUGCCUCCAUAGGAAUUCUGUUUAUCUACAAAAUGAGAAUACAGUAAAUAAAGUAUAAACUACUUAACAGCCUGAUGAAUUCAUUUUUUUCUAUUAAAAUACUUUUGUUUUAUCUUUUUCAUGUAAUAGAAACAUAUAGCUCAUUGUGUAAACGAAUUUAUAUAAAAAAAAAUAAAACUUACAAUCAACAA